UCGUUGAAAGAUUCUAAAAUCCCAUGCCCAAUAACAACCAAUUUGGACAAACAAAAGGAUCUUUCCUUUCUUUCCUUCCAUUUACAUCAUUCUUUCACCCUCUCUCAUCCGCUCUUACAUGCCCCCAGUUUUUGUUUGGAUCCAAUAAUUUCUAAAAAUUUUCCUUACCCUUCUUGCCUAUCAGCUUCUGAAGCUCGCGGUUUCAGAACAAUAAUACUGGUCUGUUCAAAAUACGUGAGAGAGGAUCGGGGCUUUGGUUCUUUGAAGCAACCAGCUAUGCAGAGCCAGCUUGUGUGUAGUGGGUGUAGGAGCAUUCUUCUGUAUCCUGGAGGAGCCACUAAUGUUUGCUGUGCAUUAUGCAAUGCAAUAACCUCAGUCCCUCCCCCUGGGAUGGAAAUGACUCAACUUAUAUGUGGAGGUUGCAGGACGCCGCUAAUGUAUACACGCGGGGCAAUAAGUGUGAGAUGCUCUUGCUGCCACACAGUGAACCUUGCGCCAGUAUCCAGCCAGGUUGCCCAUGUCAGUUGUGGGAAUUGCCGGACAACACUCAUGUAUCCCUACGGAGCUCCAUCUGUUAAAUGUGCAGUCUGUCAUUAUGUCACUAAUGUUGGAAUUUCCAAUACCAGGGUACCCAUUCCUGUGCACAGACCAAAUGGGACAGCCAAUUCUGGAACAGUGCCCUUCAGUUCAACUAGCCAAACUGUGGUUGUCGAGAAUCCUAUGACUGUCGACGAAAGUGGCAAAUUGGUGAGCAGUGUUGUUGUUGGGGUCACAACAGACAAAAAGUAAUUCAAUGGCAUUCAGAGAACCAUUGCUAUCGGUUUUAUUUUGUAACUAUCCAAAUCCAUAUUUCAAAUCACUUUGGAAGAUGGACGUGGAAAUUAUUUGUGUAUAUGUUGGGGACUGCCAUGAAUGACAUUAAUUUGAAAAAAUAAGCUCCCAAGAACUUAUACGUGUGGUGUACAUUAAGAGGAUUAGAAGAGUGAAAAGGUCGCUGGACUGGUGCUCACAUACUGAACUUUUUUUUUUUUUGUUUUUUGGCCAAUUUUAGCUGAGUGAAUAUGAUCUUGAUGUAUAUGUAUCUUCUUCAGAUCCAAAAUAACGUAUAAAACUGGUAGCUUUCUGACUUUGAUUAA